AUGUAAAUGUUCUAUUACUAUCUAGUACUUGCAAUAACAAUUAAUAUGAUAGUUGCCUAAUGUCAAAGGAAUGAAAUCUAUGACUCUGUUAGAUAGUAAUGCCUUUAAUGCGAUAGCUCUUGCUCAAUUUGUUAUAAUACAAAUUAAAAUUCAUGCUUAACGUGCUCAGAUGGUUUCAUAAAAAGCUAUAUAAGCAACUCAAAUUGCGUUUAAAAUUGCUAAAAUGGAGAAUUUGUAAAUAAUUAUCAAUAAUGUGAUAAGUGUUUCAUACAAGGUUGCUUAGAAUGUGAUUAUUCUUACUCAUGCAAUAAAUGUAUUGAAAGCUUAGAAUACGACUUUUAUACAAAUUCAUGUAUCUUGAAAUAAAAUGCUUGCUAAUCAUAAGUAGAAUUUGUUUUGAUUCUUAAUGAUUAAAGUUAAUGCUAUUAAAGCUGCCCUUCGUCAUAUUAUCAAAAUUAUAAUCUAAAAUAAUGCUAAAAAACAGUAUAAUGUGAACAAGCUUAUAAUAACCUCAAUUCUAAACUAGAUUAGAAAGUGAAACAAGUUGAGCUAAUCCAAUAAAACCAAUAUUUAAUUAGAGCUAACAAAUGCACAUUUUCUUUAGCUGAUUAAGAUUGGAAAAUUAUCAUUACUCAAAUUCUUCAGAAUAUUGAUAAUUACGAAGAUUAAUAUAUGAACAAUAGCUAAGAAAUUUAAGAAGUCAGUUUUAUUAUAGGAACAUUAGCUGGGUGCUUGGCAGGGAGAAAAUUAGUAUUAUUUGAUUUUACUAUUUAAUAGUUAGUUUUUGAGCAGUAUGGAUUGAGUGAGGACUAUAAUAUUUUUUACAUUGAUAAAUCUAUUAAUCUUAAUGAAGAUAGAUCUUUGCUAUUUUAGGAUAAUGAUUUUGACUUGCUUUUACCCGAGACAUUUGAAAUCAUCUUUUAAAAAAGUAACUUUAUAAUUGUGAAAUUCUCAAAUUUUACUCAAACAUAAUUAUUUACUGAAUUCAAUUAUUCAGUAUGA